CACAGGGCUGAGAGACAGAGGAGAGAGACGGAUAUGGAUCCGUAGCCCUCGCUGUUAUCCGUCUGUCUCUCGUUUCCCGGAUCUCUUGUUCUCUCGGAGCGCGCUCAUCGGGUCGUGCGCGUUUCAUCUGAAUAGGAGUUUAAACGCACGGCGGCGGGAAACAAUAGCGAGUUCGGUCCGGCGCAAGGGAGCAAGCUGGAGGCGCGGCGGGGAUGCACGGGCACAAUAGGAGCGACCAAACUCUUCUGCAUGUGGAAGACAGUGUUGUAAUAACAUUUUCCUUUCAGACAGAUAAGCCUCGCAGCGGGAAGCCUGAAACUGAAGCAGUUUUUUUGUCAAGCACGUUUUAGCGUGUACGCGGUGACAGGUUUCGCACUGGACGGGAUCUACUAGGCUUUUCUGGAUGUUGUGAACGCGCAUGUAGUCAGACACUAACCACACAGAGAAAACUAAAGGAGAAUUUACUUGACUUGUCAGGAAAACACAAUACAUGACUUGAAGAUUAUUUUGCGCUAUUAUUUUUUAUUAUUAUGUACUCAGCUGUUUCCCACGGUGGGUGAUACAAACUCAGACGUGAAUUCAUUUGGAUUUGGUUACCAGAGAAUGUACUUGCUUGAUGGUAGGUAUCCGGAAAGGAUGGAGCGGGGUACGCCACAAAGGAAAACUGUUUACCGGAUCUCUUUGACAUUAGUGAAGAAGGAGAAUCUGCAGGACGGUGGAGUAUCGGCGCACCGGCGCCUCGAGAAUCCGAAAGUGAGCGCGUACCGGCGGGAGGGAUCCUGUGAGGUUCAGCGGACCUACCCGCUGGGGGAACUGAAGGAAGUGGAGGACGAAACGGACGAAUUUAACACACACUCAUACAUGAGGAAUUUUAGGACAUUCAGCACUGGACAUCUGGAGCUGGGAAGGUUUAAAAUAUCAAAGAGGGCACAGCCUUCACAGAGAAGCAGGGAAUUAAAUGAAACAUGCAUUUUGGCAGAACAAGUUCAGAAGGGCGGUGAAAAUGGGGCACCGAUGCACAAAAAUAAUGUGCAUGCACAGAAAAUAGCUGAAAAUGAUGUUAAACGUACAGAAAUCACAACUGCUGCUAAUGGGGAAAACAUACAUAUUGUGAAACAAAUUCUCAAGACCUCCAGAAGCACAGAGGAACCAGUCUGUAUAUGGUCAGAUGAGACCCAGGCCUCAGAGGAAGCCCAAGAGUUUGAGAAGUGUGUCAGGACAGCUAAAGAGAGCUGCAUUUCCUCAUUGCUGGCUAAAGGCAAUGGGAAAUCGCCCAAGCCGGCACCUCAAACCCCACCAGCAAAGAGGCAUCCAAGCCUGCUGCGCCGAAGUUUUAGCUUUCGCCACUGGACUGGUGGCGAGUUGAUUCGUAUACGGGCUCUCUCCAAGGAGAAACAUCACAGCAGCUCGGGCUGCAUUGGUAAUGAUGAAGAACAAAACCAGAACCAGACCGGCAUGGUUCUGCAAAAUCCAGCUUUUGAGUCCGAGUCUGCUGAGAAGCGCAACACCUUGGAUGUAGCUGAGGUCCUGAGCAAAACUGACUCAAUGACGGAACUGGGGCGCAAGGAUAGGGCCAAGGGCAAAAACCGCACACUGGACAACAGCGACCUGUUCAAGCUGACCGAGAAAUCUUUAGUUGAAAAAGAGGGUUUUAUCAGAGGGACAGGCCUUCGUUCUAGCGGCCAGGAACGUAAACUCAUUCGAUUUUUCAGUGGGAUUUUCUCAAAGCGAGACGGGACGUCAACACCAGUGAGCAGCCCCAGCAACCGGGCACUGCGAAAGAACGGCCUGCUCGGAUCUCAGCGGAGAUCUGAAACCGGCAUUUCACAGUCAAGCACGGAGAGCGUUAACGGAUGCCCACCAGACGAUGCAUUCGUCAACAGUCAAGAGUGGACACUCAGUCGCUCAGUACCAGAGCUCAAAGUGGGCAUUGUGGGUAACUUGGCGAGUGGGAAGUCUGCACUUGUGCACAGGUAUCUGACGGGGACGUAUGUGCAGGAAGAGAGCCCUGAAGCUGACGUGGAUGCAGGGGGACGCUUCAAAAAGGAGAUUGUAGUUGAUGGACAAAGUUACCUUCUCCUCAUCAGGGAUGAAGGGGGCCCUCCGGAGGCUCAGUUUGCGUUGUGGGUGGAUGCGGUGAUUUUCGUCUUCAGUCUGGAGGAUGAGAUCAGCUUUCAGACUGUUUAUCAUUACUAUAGCCGUAUGGCCAACUACCGCAACACAGCAGAAGUGCCCCUGGUGCUAGUGGGAACUCAGGAUGCUAUUAGUGCAGCUAACCCUCGUGUCAUCGAUGAUACACGUGCUCGCAAACUGUCCAAUGACCUCAAGAGGUGCACCUAUUAUGAGACCUGUGCCACCUACGGCCUCAACGUGGAACGCGUCUUCCAGGACGUUGCUCAGAAAAUAGUUGCAAGUCGGAAGAAACAGCAACUCUCAAUUGGACCUUGUAAGUCACUACCCAACUCGCCAAGCCACUCUUCUGUUUGUGCAGCACCUGUGUCAGCAGUGCAUAUUAGCCAGACAAGUAACGGCGGAGGAAGUCUGAGUGAUUACUCAUCCUCCGUACCCUCCACUCCCAGUACCAGUCAGAAGGAACUUCGUAUUGAUGUGCCCCAAACUGCCAACACACCAACGCCCGUCCGCAAACAGUCCAAACGACGCUCCAAUCUCUUUACGUCUCGAAAGGCAAGCGAACCAGACAGGGAGAAGAAAGGAAUGGAUGGUCGCGCAGACAGCAUUGGAAGUGGCCGCGCUAUCCCAAUUAAACAGGGCAUGUUGCUAAAAAGAAGUGGCAAGUCGCUGAACAAAGAAUGGAAGAAAAAAUAUGUCACACUUUGUGACAAUGGAGUCCUCACCUAUCAUCCCAGUUUGCAUGAUUACAUGCAGAAUGUUCAUGGAAAAGAGAUUGACCUGCUUCGGACUACAGUAAAGGUUCCAGGGAAGAGGCCCCCGAGGGCCAUAUCCACGUGUGCGGCCCCCAGUCCCAAAACUAAUGGACUGACGAAGGACAUGAGCAACAUGCAGCUUGGACAGACACCAGGCUCCGUGACCAGCAGUUCUUCAGUGUCUCAGAUGGCGAGCGGCAUCAGUCUGGUGUCAUUUAACAGUCGGCCCGAUGGGAUGCACCAGCGCUCGUAUUCAGUGUCCAGCGCUGACCAAUGGAGCGACGCCACAGUUAUCGCCAACUCUGGAAUAAGCACAGAUACUGGUCUGGGAGAUUCCGUGUGCUCCAGUCCUAGCAUAUCCAGCACCACCAGUCCAAAGAUGGACCCGCCGCCGUCGCCGCAUGCCAACAGAAAAAAGCACAGGAGGAAGAAAAGUACCAGCAACUUCAAGGUGGAUGGCUUCUCUGGCACUGCUGAAGAACAAGAGGACAACUUUGAAUUCAUCAUCGUGUCUCUGACGGGACAGACAUGGAAUUUUGAGGCGACGUCUUAUGAGGAGCGAGACGCUUGGGUGCAGGCCAUUGAAAGCCAGAUCCUUGCGAGCCUGCAGUCCUGUGAGAGCAGCAAACAGAAGUCUCGUCUGAGCAGCCAAUCGGAAGCCAUUGCACUGCAAUCAGUCAGGAACAUGAGAGGAAACACUCGUUGUGUGGACUGUGAAGCACAAAACCCUGACUGGGCCAGCCUGAACCUGGGGGCUCUGAUAUGUAUAGAAUGUUCAGGCAUUCACCGUAACCUGGGGACACAUCUGUCCCGCGUCCGCUCUUUGGACCUGGACGAGUGGCCUAUGGAGCUCAUCAAGGUCAUGUCAGCCAUUGGCAAUGAGCUGGCCAAUAGCGUAUGGGAGGCCAAUGCUCAAGGACGCCUAAAGCCCGCCCCUGAUGCCAGCAGAGAGGAGCGUGAACGCUGGAUCAGGGCCAAGUACGAGCAGAAGUUGUUUUUGGCGUCGUUGACAUGCACAGAACUGACUCUGGGACAGCAGUUACUGCGGGCCACCGCAGAGGAAGACCUCCGAUUCGUGGUCAUUCUAUUGGCCCAUGGCUCCAGAGAUGAGGUCAACGAAUCCUGCGGCGAAGGUGAUGGCCGGACAGCCCUGCACCUGGCAUGCCGCAAGGGAAAUGUGGUGAUCACACAACUACUUGUAUGGUACGGGGUGGACAUCAUGGCACGGGAUGCCCACGGCAACACAGCGCUGGCGUACGCGCGACAGGCUAACAGCCAGGAAUGCAUGGACGUCCUCCUUCAGUAUGGCUGUCCCGACGAGCGUUACCCGCUCAUGGCCACGCCCAACCUGUCCCGCAGAAACAAUAAUCGCAAUAACAGCUGCAGCAGCAUUAACAAUGUAGUUAUAUGAGACAUAGAACGCACCCACACACAUAUGCACCCGCAUUUCAGACAACACUCCUUCAACCUCACUUAACAUACGCCUUCCUAUAUACAUCAGAAUCAUAAGAAGAAUAGACCAGACUCAAGGGAAUGACUGAUGAUAAAAAAGAUGAUGAAGCAUGAGCAGAGCCACUGUGUUUGCACCCUUCUUGCCGCUUGUGAAACGGACAGCACCCUGACUUUGCAAACCCCAUUGUUUAAAAAACGUGAUGGCGAGGGCCUAGCCAGUCACGUGGGUCACACUGUUUUCAUGGACUUUAUUUGAGGCCAGUGUCCACAUUGUGGAACAAGAGUGCAUCCAUUUAAACAACUCCAGGGUUUGCUUUUUGACCAUGCCUGUUCAAAGUACGUGAUGCAUCGAUCCAAUGGGCAGGUAUAAGACAUAUGAAGACAGGGGCAGUAUGGGACACUUACUCGAACACUGGGCCUAAAAUACUACCCAGAACUUCACUAUGUAUGUGGUCACACUGAUUUUCACUUUAAAACGUUGACAUCUGUCUUUCUGUCUGACAAUUAUGCUUUCUGAUUCUAAAAUUCUCUCUCUCUCUUUCUACUUAAUCUGUCUAUUCCUUUCUCUCUCUCACACACACACACUUUUCUAAGUCAGUCAUUUAGGUCAUUAUGUUUACUUUGUUUUAUAUUUUUCUUUUUUUUAAAGAAAUGUGAAAAGCUGUUAUUUAGAAAAUACCCAGAAUCAGCAUUCAUAGUUUGAAUUUAACUUUUUCUUUUAAACAUUGCAGAGUUGAGUUUAUUUUGUUGUUCCUUGCUGGACCAACAGAAGAUUCUUAAAGUUUUUCAGAAUUAAAGGGAAUCACAAUUUCAUUUCAGAGAUUGGGGCAUUUAUUUUAUUUAUUUAGAUUUACACCCGCUUGCUGAUCCAUGAUGUGUCUAAAUCCUAAAUGUAAGGUCAUCAGGGCUGCUUCUGACAUUAUUACGUCAUCAUUUUAGGUCCAUGUAAAGUAUGCGGGCAUAGACGUGUGUUUGUGUGUGUUAUUGAAUUCAUACUGAUUUUAGAUCCAUUAAUCAGGACUGAAUCUUUUGAUCCACGCAUUUACUUUAUUAUCAAGCCAGUUUAAACCGUUAGGUUAUCAAAACCUCUCUAAGCACAGAAUAUCAUUAAUAGUGACUGAACUCCUCUUUUGUAAUGCGUGGUCGUUGCUUUCAAAGAGUGAUGUGUCUCUCUCAGGUUUCUCUACCUGUUGCUGUUCACACACUUUACACUGCACUCGAUUCUGUUUCUGAGUCCUGAUCCUCAUAUACAGUCUCAGUGAACAGAAGGGCUCUCUGGGUCUACAAUCUCUAUGUUUGUACAUACAUACUCUGCUUUUCUCAUCAGACUCAAUUUUUUCUCUGUUAAUGCAUAAUAGUAGUAUUUAAAGUUAACACUCCCAUUAACAAACCAUAAUUUUUUUACCCAGCCUCAUCUUCAAAUACAAAUUAAGGUUUGUGAUAAAGUUGCAAGUGCUCCUGUUUUAGUCAAGUUCACCCUGGUCUCUACUUCAUCCUAUGUGUCCUUAACAUUCACGUUCACUAAAUUGAACAUUUUCUUCUUAAUCCUAGUUUUCUUUGUCUUUUAUCUUUAUUGUGCGUCAAUGAUAUGUAGGAGUAUUAAAGCAAUACGAAACCAAAUUUUAGCCAGGUAGACACGCAAGUAAUAAUUUCCCGCCACGUUCGUGCACAUCACCCUGGCGGACUGAGCUGCUGUUGUUAUUGAGAGACGUAAAGCCGAUGCAAGACUCAGGGGUCUCAGGGCGUAUAUCAUUACAAAAGAACCCAUUUAGGGUGCGAUAUUGGCGUACUCCAAAAUAUUUGUUUCUCCUCCCAUUGGUUUUAGAAAUGUGAAGGUACUUGGCUUAGGGUUUGUGAUAUGUAAAGGUUUUAAAUGUGAGCCUUGAAAGUUGAGUUGGUGUUUAGGAAUGUUGUGUGUGAAGACUCUUAAAUAGGCCUAGACCUUGCUGGAAAGCGGUGAGAGUUGGAUAUAUUUACUGUAGUAAAGGACAGGUCCCAUGAUAAGAGACAGAGGUUUGGUGUAUAGUUGAUUUUCAGCUCGAAAAGUUGCAUAGUUUUUGCCUUGUAUAUAUCGUAGCCAGCCUUUAAAGGGCUUUACCACAAUAACCAUUAUUUAUGACUAAAUGCACUACAGAACACAGAUCUUGUAAAGAACCCACAAUAUAAUGCCCACUUAUUGUUUCUGUGGAAAGAGUUAAUUUUUUGUUUUGAUGUUUUUGCAUGAACGGAUGUAAAUGUUUCCUUCCUGUGUAAAUGUCUUCGUCUUCAUAAAAUGACUGCAUUCUGACAGGUGACACAUAGCGAGUCUGCCAUUUUAAUAUGAAAAGCCAAUUUUGUUUUUUUUACAGACUUGAACCUCUCCCCCUUUCUUUGUAAUAUAACACUUUAAGCAAAACUGCUCUGUUUUUGUCAUGUAGUCCACAAGCCACUCGCAUGAAGGAGCAAAAGAGACACAUCUGACUACAGUAAUGCCGUGAUGGCACCAAAGGAUCACAUCCAACAACACGUGAUUUGUGGGAUUUAUCAGGAUGUUCCAAGUUGCUUGAAUUAAUCCUUGUUUUACUCAAAUAUUCAUUCACCAGUCUUACCUUUUGCGUUUUUGUAAAUAGAUGUAAAAAAUCAAGGAACACGUAGUGAUAUGUUUGUUUUGUUUACUUUGUUUGUGUUUGUUACCUCAUUUCAUCGACAGUAUCCUUGAUGCGUUCAAGACCGAGAGCCCCGUUUAAUUAUUUAUGAAUGAAUAUGCUAAUCUGAAAGGGGAGGGGCUCUCUCACACUACUUGGGUUUUGUAUUUGUUCUUUCCUUCAGUCCAUCGGCAUCACGACUAUCUAUCAUUAUUAGAAUUAUCGGUGUUGUAUUUCUAAUUAUUAUUGUUAUUAUAUUAAGUUUGUGUCUGCUGUACAGUACUGUGUUGAAAAAUUAUACCUGAUGCAGAGUCUUAUACUGUAAUGUGUCUCUUUUCAAUAAAAAAUGCUUCUUAAUAUAA